CUCUUGCAUUACAAUUAUCAAUUUUUUCCAAUGUCUAUCGAAUCCAUUAGGGAAAAUAAAUUGGAUUCUAUUAGUGAGAUAUCAGUGUUUGAUAAUUACAGGGGAAAUCUUUGCACCAAAUAUGAGUUUUGUACAAAAGGAUCUAAAUUCGACAGAAGUGAAUACCCGAAAAGAAACAAUCUUUUUUACAUGGCAAAAUCUGCUUUUCUUCCCGAGGGCUAUCCAAAUUCUGUCAGCGGAGAUUAUCUGGAAUAUCAAAUUUGGGAUUCAGUGCAGGCAUUAUCGAGUAGUAUAAUUGGCGCUCUGGCUGGUCAGGCUGUGCUUAUUGGUGUUGGAGUUGGUGAUUCCACAGCAAGUGUUCUUGCUGCCACUCUAACCUGGCUAUUUAAAGAUGGUGUUGGUAUGGUUGGUCGAAUCGUUUUCGCAGGCUGGCAAGGCACGAGUUUGGACAGCCAAUGCAAACAAUGGAGAAUAUUUGCUGAUUUGCUGAAUGACAUGGCCUUCUUCAUCGAGAUUCUAUCUCUUCACGCCCCUUCGUUCUUCACUCUCAUUGUUUGCAUAUCCAGUGUUAUGAGGGCAAUAUUUUCAUACUUAUUAAUGAAAUGUUUUGCAUUUUUGAUCAAGGCCUUGGUUGGUGUGGUUGGCGGAGCCACUCGUGCGGCGAUCGCCCAACAUCAGGCUCUCGAGAACAACAUGGCAGACGUUGCUGCUAAAGACGGUAGUCAAGAAACACUCUCCAAUCUCCUUGCUCUCUUCCUCAAUUUCAUUCUUCUCUCUGUUGUUACGGGAAAUUCAACAAAAAAGAGAAAAAGAGUUGAAUUAAGCGAGUCCAAGUGGAGUAGAAAGAUAUCCACACAGAAAGAUAAGCUGCCGAGAUAA